UGAAACUAUUUGGCAUGGGCUCAUUCAGUGUCCCUGUGUUACUGAUUUGUGGGCUCAUGUUAAACUUCUGAUAUCGCAUGUGGAACAGGCACGGUCACAGUGCAUCAUUCAGUCUGCCGAAAGAAAGGAAAAGAAAACAAAAUAACAGAAAGAACCGGAGAGACAUGGGCAAAGUGUGUUCCAAGAAAUUUAUUCCAAUCGCUAAAACGAAAGGUUCCAAGACAAUCAGGAUUUACCUGUGUACCUGGAACGUUGGCACUAAACCCCCGCCCGAUGACCUAGCGUCACUACUCGCACUCGAUACAGACCUGCGCCCAGAUAUCUAUGUUAUUGGAUUACAAGAAGUGAGUACAUCUGACCUCAGUGCUACAGACAAUCCCUGGACAAUUAAACUCACCUCUACAUUCAAAGAUGUCCGUCUCUCAGGAAUGCUGGAACUUGGUUUUUGCCGCCAGAACAUUUUCACAUCAAUUAAUGGCAUCGAAUCAGAGAAGACGAAAACUGGGUUCGGUGGCUGGUGGGGCAACAAAGGUGGUGUCUGCAUCAGGUUUGAUGUCAAUGGUAUCAACAUGUGUAUCGUCAAUUCCCACUUAGCAGCCCACAGGGACCAGACUCCAGAACGAAUCAUGGAUUUAAACAGCAUCCUGGAAGAUCAGAAAUUUAGAGAUGAUGAUGUCAACAAUAUCUUGGACCAUGAUUAUGUAUUGUGGCUGGGCGACCUCAACUUCCGGCUGGAUGACCUGCCCCGCGAAGAAGUGUUGACACGAAUCAAAGAGAAAGAUUACAGCUAUUUAUUACAUUAUGACCAAUUGAACAAGACCAGAAGCCAGGGCCUUGCUUUUGUUGAUUUCAAAGAGGGGCCAAUCACCUUCCCUCCUACCUACAAAUUUGAUGUGGAGACUGAGGUCUAUGAUACCAGUGAGAAGCAACGUGUCCCUGCUUGGUGCGACAGAAUACUCUGGUUGGCCCACGACGACAGCUAUGAAGGUGUGCAUCUCGAUGUGAAGCAGCUGCAUUAUAAACACCACCCCAGCUACAAGACUAGUGACCACCGGCCAGUUACGUCUCUGUUUGAGGUCAAGAUCCUGUCAUUUGCGAGCAACACACUUCCUGUUUUAUUCCACCAACAGAACAAGUGGUCAAAGGGCGAUGUUGUGGUACAAUUUGUUAUUAACAGAUACCAACCAACCACCUGGGACUGGGUCGGUCUUUAUAAGGAAGAUUUCACCAACAUCAAUAACUAUGAGGACUUUGAAUAUGUGGUGCCCCACAGCAAGGGGUCGGAGGAACCAUUAAAAGUGACAUUUCUGCUGAGCAAAUUUAGACAUUUGCGAGGAAAACAUAUUUUACUGUAUAUUGGAACCUACAAGAAUACCAUGUUGGGGCUGAGCAAUGUGUUUUUGAUCAACCACUGAAGACCAAAAAACAUGUGAUGUUGUGGAGUUCAGUCCGGUCUAUUCUCCUUGGUGCUAACUGAGUCUGUUGGUUCAUCUCUUUGAUGUCGUCCAGACUUUCUCACAGAACAUUGGUCCUUUGUCGUUGGUGUGUGUGGAAGCAGUGAGAGUCUCCUUCAACACCAACUCCCCCCCCCCUCCUUUCUCUCUCUCUCUCUCUCAUGAUCUCACCUCUUCCUCCUCCUUCUCUACUGAAAUAGCCUGACUGAUCUCUGGUUGUCUUUCGACACAGUGUGUAUGUCAGUAUGAACAUAGAGGGAUGGACGGAUGUGUGUAUGCGGAUACACAUGAGAUGGGGGGUGGGCCGUACUCUCUUCAUCUGUCUUGCAAUCCUGACCAUGUUACCAUAACGACAGACUUUGUCUUUUUUUGUUUUAAAUUCCUUGACAACACUGCCACACAUUCCCCACCCAAAUGUUAUUUUCUUACCCCCCCCCACACCACCAUUUUAUAAUCUUCAUACUUAAUUCCAUCAUACCCUUAAACUACCAUAUCUAAAUCUCCCACCUUCAUAUAUAUAUAUACCUAUAACAUAAAUGAGGGCAUGCACUUCCAUCCAGCAUAUCUGAAGAAUUGUCAACAUUGCUAAGUGCAACUGACGGUGCGAAACCAUGGCAUUUUUCUUGGGAAAACAUUUACAUUUAUAUGCAAGCAUAAAUGUUUACUCAAAUAAAAUUGCAUUUCAUGUUUGAAGCUCUGAUGAAGCUGUAAGGUGAUACACAAGCAUUCAACUAUGAUUGCAUUGCAUCUCAUAGCAGAAACAGCUGGAAGCUAAUGAAAUUCCUUACAUCAUUUUUUUAUUCCUUUGUCAUUUAUUUAAUUUCCUAUUACUGUUCUGUAUUUGACUAACAUUUUUUUUUUCUGAAGCAUAUUUAUAUUGAGUUCUCACACCAGGUUAUUAAUAUCACUAUGCAUAAGCAAAAUAUAAUAUAUAUGUAUAUGCGUGUAUAUAUACAGAGGGAGAGAGAAUGAGUGUAUAUGUAUGUUUUUAAAGUGUGUUCUGUUAAACUUUGGGAAACAAUAUAAUAAUGUAAAAAUGUAAAUACCCUCCAAUCACUUUGUGUCUUGUUUAAGGCUUGGAACAUAAAUCUAAAUUUCAAGGGCCAAUGUUUAUGUCCAUAUUUUAAGAGAUGGUGCUUAACUGCCAUUUUUAAGGGCCAAUUCUUAUCCCCUGUUUAAGGGCUGGUAUUUAGCAACAAAGACCUUUUGACAGGAUGCCUGGUUAUUAUUAAAGGCAAGAUACCCAUUUAUUGUGGUGAUCCAUAUUCUACCAUUGACAGCCAAGUGGACUGAGGAAUUGUUUGUUGAAUAAAGUGUUGUAUCUGGGAGCACAACAGAACACCAACAGCAGUUUUGAUCCCAGGACAUCUAGGUUUGCAGAUUUGGACCUUAUCCACACAGACAUUUCAGGUCUAUACACAACAUCUCACUUCCACUCAGACACCUCACCACUAUUCACACACCCAAUCUCUACUCACACAACCAGCCUCUACUCAAACAUCUCGCCUCCACUCACAUAUCCCACUUCUACUCAGACAAUAACAUUUAGCAGUUGCUAUGAGCUAGGGUCGUUCAUUGCUUUUAAGGUUCUCAUUGUUGCAAACAAUGUAUAGUUAGAAAAUUUACUUUACAGCUUUAUAGUUUUCUUGGUUCAGUCCUGUGUGUUUGUGAGGUAGACAUAGGCACCCUCUCAGCCCACCCUCAUUCCACCCUUGAUCCUGCAGAACGUUCAUGAUGUGACAACUGAAAGAAGAAAGAGCUGCUGAGAGGAGUGAAGUGGAGUGCCUUGCUCAAGGACUCAACAUGUUUUCUGCUGUAGGAAUUGAAACCACGACUUUAUAACUUUAUGAUCAAGAGCCGAACCCCCUAAACACUAGGACAUGCUCCCUUUUCAGACUAAGAAAUAAAACAAAGAAUAAAAAAGAAUCAAGACAAACCUAGGAUGAGAAUAUUUUUUUAAUUACUCAUGAAAUAAGAUAAUAUCUAUAUUUUUACAAUCUCAUAUAAAUCUAUAUUUCUAGAUCUUUCCUUGAAAACCAAAUUCUUUAGUUGUUUUAACCAUCAUAGACAAUGUCAUAUGGAAGUAUUGCCAGCGCCAUUCUGAGGAAGAUACACUGCUGCUCCAAAAAUACCCCCAAAUCCUUGUUCUCUCUCUUUUUCUUCAUAUAUAAACAUGUAUAUAUAUAUAUGUGUGUGUGUGUGUGUGUGUGUAUAUAUAUAUAUAUAUAUAUAUAUAUAUAUAUAUAUAUAUAUAUAUAUAUAUAGGCCUGCUCACUUAGCCAGCAGAGUAGCAUCAUUUGAAAGCUAAAACAAUGUGAAGUGCAUUGUGACAAGUGUUGUAUACCAACAGCUGAUAGUCUGGUUGAUAUUGUGAUACAUGCUUUGAUCAUUUAAUUCAGACUCCUUUUUUUUUUGUCUCUCCUCAUCAAUCCAUCCUGUAGAAGAGCAUAGGCUCGAAACAUUAAAGACUUCUAUUUUUCUUCAGCAUCAAACUAAUACACCCUGUUUCUGUUCCUUCA